UGGACCCUUCACCGCUUGGUCGGAUUGACCACCCGGUGGUCAAUCCCGAGGCUUCCAAUCAGCCCAUCUGGUCUGUUCAAUUUAAUCACAGGAUCAUGGCAUUGGCUCGACGACAGUAUUAAUCCUUAGCCCCUCCAAGCAGAGACAAAAGGACUUCUACUCAUUCCCAGAUCAUUUCUCCUGCACAGCUUUACCAUCUUCGACCAUGGCCCCUAGUCGCACUGAACUCCCCCAGGACUCGGUUGUCUUCGAGGCUCCUCAACCAAAGACGAGCUACGACAUCAAUGUCCCUUAUCACGCUCUUUCAGAAGAGUACGAGCGCCGCAUCAGAGGGAGAACCGAGUUCCCCGAAUACCUACCUGUCUGGGAAGAAGGCAUAUGGCACGAUGACUUUCCGGAGUUUGAAUACCACGAUCCAGCCCUACGAGCAAACAAGAAGAUGCCCAAUCUGUUCUCUCCGGGGGUCACAGCUGCGCCAGUUACGCCACGAAUGGGCACGAUUUUAUCAGGCGUGAAGAUGGAGACUCUAUCACCAGAAGCUAAGGACGAACUGGCGCUCCUUAUUUGCCAGAGAAAAUUUGUAGUUUUGAGAGAGCAAUCGGACUUCCUUCAUAAAGGGCCGCAAUACCAAGUCGACUUCAUGAGUUAUUUUGGAAAGCUCAGCCAACAGCCAGUGACUGGUGCGAUCAAAGGAUUCCCGCAAUUCCAUGUCAUCCACCGAGAUGGCAAUGAGGAAGAGAUUGAAAACUUUUUCAAACACAAGAUGACCACGACAAUCUGGCAUCAUGAUGUCAGUUAUGAGAGACAGCCUCCAGGAUAUGUCAUGCUCGGAAUAUUAGCCUGCCCAGAUAUCGGCGGUGACACUAUCGUGGCUGACAUGGGUAUGGCCUACAAACGUCUCUCCCCUAUCUUUCAGGAGAUGAUUAAUCAACUCACGGCUGUUCAUACUUCAAGGAAUUUGAUUGCUCAUGCCAGAAGGGCAAAGGGAGUCGUACGUGCUGACCCCAUCGAUUCGACUCAUCCAGUUGUCCGAGUGCAUCCAGUCACAGGUGAAAGGGCCCUCUUUUACAACAUGGAGUGGCCUGAGGAAGUCAUAGGCUUGAAAGAUCAAGAGGCUGAUGUUGUCAUGAAAUUCCUCAUGGAUUUUGUCCGCAAUGGACACGACUUCCAAGCAAGAGUCCAUUGGGAGAAGCAUAGUGUUGUGAUGUUUGACAACAGGACGACACUCCAUACUGGAACAGUUGACUAUGAUACAUCAGCUCAAGCUAGGCACCUGUUCCGGCUGUGCUCCAUGUGCGAAGUCCCCAUCUCUGUGGCAGACUAUGAAGCAGGCAAAAGAUGAGAUUCGCUCUUGUAUACUCAGAGGAGCUUGUUAUAUCAUCGGAGCAUAUGAAGCAUUGUAUUAUCAUCAUGUUCUUUUCAGCUCAUGCUUUCUAUCUACAUUCAGCGCUCGGCGUAAUCAUUCGAUACUCGAACCACAAUCAACGUUGAGGGUAAACAGUGUACGGGACAAUGCCUUUCAAAUGACACGAUCUCUUUGCAUGAAGAUCAGAUGAAAGUCUAUUCUACAGUAAAGAACAAUUGUCCCGACGCAAGUCGCUCAUCAAUUUCUGCUAGCUUUAUCCCACUCUCACUUACCGUCGUCCUCCAACCUGCAUGGACAAUGUAUACUGUCACAACAGAUAUAGGGCAAGGGUGACAG